CUGAUUCUUCAGGCAAACUUUUCAGUAGGACUGGCUGCCUCCCUUCCCACUGCUGUGUCGGAACCAGACAAAAGGAGUUUGAAGUACUCCCAAAUAUUUCUACCUGAAGCCAAGGUCCACAACCAGCCGCCACCAUGUCGAGCAAACGCGCCAAGGGAAAGACCACCAAGAAGCGCCCUCAGAGAGCAACCUCCAAUGUGUUUGCCAUGUUCGACCAGUCUCAGAUCCAGGAGUUCAAAGAGGCGUUCAACAUGAUCGACCAGAACAGAGACGGAUUUAUCGACAAGGAGGAUCUGCACGACAUGCUGGCCUCUCUGGGUAAGAACCCGUCUGAUGAAUACCUGGAGGGGAUGAUGAGCGAAGCUCCAGGGCCCAUUAACUUCACCAUGUUCCUCACCAUGUUUGGAGAGAGGCUCAACGGAACAGACCCCGAGGACGUCAUCCGCAACGCCUUUGCCUGUUUUGAUGAGGAGGGAUCUGGUGUGAUCCACGAGGACCAUCUGAGGGAGCUGCUGACCACCAUGGGCGAUCGCUUCACGGAUGAAGAAGUGGAUGAGCUGUUCCGCGAAGCACCCAUUGACAAGAAGGGCAACUUCAACUACGCAGAGUUCACCCGCAUCCUCAAGCAUGGUGCCAAAGACAAGGAUGAUGAGUAGAGGGAGAAAGCGACCGCCUCUGGCCCCCCCGCACACAUACUGCACCACAGAUCUACCCCUAGUUCCUAUCUUUGUGAAUUUUGUAGAUUUGAGAAAAAAUAAAUAGGAAUCCAUAUAGGAAUACUCUAUAUCAAAGUGUUUUUUUCUUUCUUUUUUUUUUUUUAAAUAAAAGGGCAGAAAUUAAUAGUUUUUACAUUUAUUAUGAUCCACAUGUUUAUCAAAGGUAGACUCGGGAUUUACAGAAGUGUUCUGCAGUACAUACACUACUUUUCAGUUCUUCUCAUUUCAAGAUUUAUCUAUACCAAGAAGAGAUCACAGUAUCUGCAUCUCGUGGCUACAAGCCAACUGCGUCCUCAUCAACCUUGACUGCAGUUUUUCUGGUAUUUGCAGGGAACCUGCUUGGACUUUGGAGAUGCAUUAAGCACCGAUAUGUGUGUGUCUGUGUGUACGCGGGGGGCUGUUUGGACUUCCAGAUUCAGUGCUACGUACAGUACCAGCCAUGUUUACCUCUUCCUGCCAGUUAGCUACCACACCUGCACAAGCACUGCAACAUGUCUCCUGCUUUGUAACAUUUGUGUCCUUGUAUGAUGAAAAUGGAUGGAGUAAUUGAAAAUUUCAGUGUUUUUUUUUGACAAUCAAAAGUGACAAGUAUUUUCACACUUGACGAAAUGGUAAUUAGAAUUCGGUAGUCUGAAGUCGUGUCUUCCUCCCCGUCAGCUGGUCGUGUGUUGUUGCUGAAGGUUCAGGUAUGUCUGUGUUGUUGAAGGAAUUCAGUCUUGGAACUGCUCAGGCAAAUAAAGCAAGAGUGGAUGUGUUUGAGGUGUUUUUAAGUCAUUGUAUCAUGUCUGCACCAGACCAAUGAAAUGUAAUCUGUCAAA